CCCAAAACUCAUGUAGCCUGUCUUUGUUUCGGGUUCUCUCGCCCAAAGCAAAUAGACUAAGCAUAUAAAGCUCCCAAUUCCCCUCUUCUCCAGCUUGCUCUGUUUUGCUUCGUCUCUCUCUUCUCUAUCUCUCUAGAACUUGAUCAAAGUUCAAAGUUCAAACCCAGAAGAAACAGAGGUAGCUGGACAGGAUCAUGAGCAACAUAAGCAUGGUGGAGGCCAAGCUGCCUCCUGGGUUUCGGUUUCAUCCGCGAGACGAGGAGCUGGUUUGUGAUUACCUGAUGAAGAAGAUAUCCAGCUCCAACUCCUUCUUCUUCAUCGAGGUCGAUCUCAACAAAUGCGAGCCUUGGGAUCUUCCUGGCAUUAAAGUCCCUGUUCUCUGGAACCAAUUCCUUUUGUUUUUCACCGGCGCGGGCGGGUCGGGCGACGAUUUCGGGUUCGGAUUCUCCAGCUGGAACCCAGACGAGUGCUUUCAUGACGCUUCGUUUCUGGUUGUUUGCAAGCUUGGAAUCCCGGCCAGCUGUGAAGCUCCUCCGGCGACUGGAAACACUUGCCUCCGGUGA